AUAUUUCUAGAAAAAAAAGGAUAAAGAUAUAUCGUUGAAAAAAAGGAAAAAAAGUUAUUUAAAAAAAGAAAAUAGAAAGAGGGAGAGUGUGUUAUUUAUAUGAGGCGAUAAGACUCGUGAUUAACGCACGAAAUUGCUUUGUCAUUUUCUCUAAUCCCUAUCUUCUUCUCCACCACCACCGUCCUCAUCGUCUUCCAUUUCCAUGGAUCCUUACAAGCAUCGUCCUUCUAGCGCUUUCAAUUCUCCUUUCUGGACUACGAACUCCGGUGCUCCUGUUUGGAAUAAUAACUCUUCCCUAACCGUUGGAUCUAGAGGUCCAAUUCUAUUGGAAGAUUAUCAUCUUGUGGAAAAGCUUGCCCAAUUUGAUAGGGAAAGGAUCCCAGAACGUGUUGUCCAUGCUAGGGGAGCAAGUGCAAAGGGUUUCUUUGAAGUCACACAUGAUAUUUCGCACCUGACAUGUGCAGAUUUCCUUCGAGCCCCCGGUGUUCAGACACCUGUCAUUGUGCGUUUCUCAACUGUCAUUCAUGAACGUGGCAGCCCUGAAACCUUGAGGGAUCCCCGAGGUUUUGCUGUGAAAUUUUACACCAGAGAGGGUAACUAUGACCUUGUUGGAAACAACUUUCCCGUCUUCUUCGUUCAUGACGGGAUGAAUUUUCCAGAUAUGGUCCAUGCUCUUAAACCCAAUCCCCAGACCCACAUCCAGGAGAAUUGGAGAAUUCUUGAUUUCUUCUCCCACUUUCCAGAAAGCCUUCACAUGUUCUCCUUCCUAUUUGAUGAUGUGGGUGUCCCACAAGAUUAUAGGCAUAUGGAUGGUUUUGGAGUUAACACAUACACCCUGAUCAACAAGGCUGGAAAAUCGGUGUAUGUCAAAUUUCACUGGAAGCCCACCUGUGGUGUGAAGUGUCUAUUGGAGGAAGAGGCCAUUCAGGUGGGAGGAUCCAACCACAGCCAUGCUACUAAAGACCUUUAUGACUCAAUUGCUGCUGGUAACUAUCCUGAGUGGAAACUUUACAUUCAAACAAUAGAUCCUGCUCAUGAAGACAGAUUUGAGUUUGACCCACUUGAUGUAACUAAGACUUGGCCCGAGGACAUCAUACCCCUUCAGCCCGUAGGUCGCAUGGUCUUGAACAAGAACAUAGAUAAUUUCUUUGCUGAGAAUGAACAACUUGCAUUUUGUCCUGCCAUUAUCGUGCCUGGUAUAUAUUACUCAGAUGACAAGAUGCUUCAAACUAGGGUUUUCUCUUAUGCUGAUUCACAGAGGCACAGACUUGGACCGAACUACCUGCAACUUCCUGUUAAUGCUCCCAAGUGUUCUCACCACAACAAUCACCAUGAGGGUUUCAUGAAUGCCAUUCACAGGGAUGAGGAGGUCAAUUACUUCCCUUCAAGGCAUGAUACUGUUCGUCAUGCAGAAAGGGUCCCCAUUCCUACUACUCAUUUAUCUGCAAGGCGUGAAAAGUGCAAUAUUCCGAAACAGAAUCACUUCAAGCAGGCUGGAGAAAGAUACCGAACUUGGGCACCUGACAGGCAGGAAAGAUUUCUCCGCAGGUGGGUAGAAGCUUUAUCCGACACCGAUCCACGCAUCACCCAUGAAAUCCGCAGCAUUUGGGUAUCAUACUGGUCUCAGGCUGAUCGUUCUCUUGGGCAGAAGUUAGCAUCUCAUCUGAACAUGAGGCCUAGCAUUUAACUUUGUUGCCAAAUAUUGAAUCAUCGCAAGAUUUGCAGAUGUGCAAAAUGUAUGAUAAAGGAUGUUUGUUUGGAUUACUUGAAAAGACUUUUUAUUUUUGUUAUAAUUUUAUAUCGUGAAUGUAUACCAUAAAUUCUAUGUAUGCAACUCGUUGAGAUGUUACAAUAAAUGCCGUUGGCAUGUGUUAGUGUUUA